AUGGCGCCCCGGGGAGCCUGCCUGCUCCUCUGUCUCCUGCUCUGCCUCCUCUCCCUCCACCACGUCUCCAGCCAGCAAAACGCCAAAGCCCGGCAAAAACCAGCAGCUCCCAAGAAAGAUGGUGUGAGCCUCAAAAUGAUUGAAGACCUGAAGGCCAUGAUUGACAACAUCUCUCAAGAGGUUGCUUUGCUGAAGGAAAAGCAGGCCCUGCAGACAGUCUGCCUGAAAGGCACCAAAGUGCAUCUCAAGUGCUUGCUGGCGUUCCCGGAGCGGAAGCCGUACCACGAGGCGAGCGAGAGCUGCAUCGCGCAGGGCGGGACGCUCAGCACGCCGCAGGGCGCCCAGGAGAACGAGGACCUGUACGAGUACCUGCGGCGCAGCAUCGGCGCCGAGGCCGAGGUCUGGCUGGGCCUCAACGACAUGGCCACGGAGGGCAGGUGGGUGGACAUGGCCGGGGGCCCCCUGCGCUACAAGAACUGGGAGAGCGAGAUCACCGCCCAGCCCGACGGCGGCAAGCUGGAGAACUGCGCCGCCUUGUCGGGGGCCGCCGCGGGCAAGUGGUUCGACAAGAGAUGCAGGGAGCAGCUGCCCUACGUCUGCCAGUUCAUGAUCGUGUAGCAGCGGCGCUGCCCCCUGCCCGCC